GCACAUAGGGGCAUUAACUGAUAGUCCUCAGCUGUAGACUGAUUAGUGGAUUUGGACUAGAGUUGUAUAUUUUUGUAAUAAGAAAAUAUUUUGAUACAAACGCUUCAUUGAAAAUAAUGUUUAAUGGAUGACAGUCUGUGGACUUUUAAUGAAGAGUGAACUAACAAAAAUGACUGAAGUUUCGCCGUAAUCAAACUCUUGCCCUGGUGGAUAGUUAACAUGAAACCGGGAAUAAAGGUUAUUCUCCUGCUGUCCGGCUGUUUUGAAUCUAUUUUAGUAGGAAACGCUUUAAAAUGCUGGAAAUGUAUUGCUCACGAUUGCGAUUCUGAUCUCGAGGACAAUUACAAGGCAACCAAGGUCAAAUGUCAGGAAGGUCACAGAUGUAUGAAAGUUCGAUACAGAAUGUUUGACAAUGUUACACACUAUGACUCUGUGAUACGCACAUGUACUGAUAAUACAUGUGACACUUCUUCUAAAGACGAGUUCCUUUCUUGUGUAACCACACCUACCAAAUACAUGAUUGGAGGUUGCACGUUGCGCUCAUGCUGUGACGACAGAGACCUAUGUAAUUCAUCUGAUUUAAUUUUACGGAUGCCGUGUAUGCCAGUGUUAGUAGUACUUGCUUUACAAUUGUUUAGGUAAGGCCACACCAAAUUGAUAAGUUGUUCAUCGGAUUUUUUUCUGAAAAAUUUGAGGCGGCGAGCGAAAAAAUAAUUUAAAUAUUUUUUUUUUUGUUUUUGAUAAAAUCAGGAGCGAGCGAAGAGCGAAGAAAUAUAUUUGUCUUCAUUUGGCUCUCGACUGACUAAUAAAAACCCUAAAAUAGAAUGUAUAGCCCUUUUAAAGUAAAAAGUAAGUCCCCAGGGAUUGAGAAAAUCUAACCCGCAGACGCACAACAAAGCGAACUCGUGAAAAAAGGUUAUAACAUUGUCAUACAGUACACUGUAAUCAAAUAUCGAUUCGAAUAUUUACUGCUAUGAAAAUGUAGCAUUCUUAGCUGACUUUACAAAGUUUUUGAUACAUCAAAUAUCACAUCAAAUAUCUAUGUGAGUGUUGCUAGAUCUAUUAAAGCUUCUGAUUUGAAACUUAGAACAGUUAUUUACUGUCAAAGUCUACACCAGGAGAAACAAUACUCUGAAUCUAGACAGAGUUAUGCCCCUUUUUAACAUAGAAUAUUUUUAAUUAAGUUUUAUAUAAUGACCAAUAGCUAUAUGUACUUUAAUAGCUUCUGACUAUUAUGCCCCUUUUACUGGCAAAGCGCUGAUUUAGAAAAGUCGUGCAUGAUGUGUUAUGUACAGCUCUUUUUUCUAACUUUAAACUUUAAUAACAUAUUAAAUUUGUUGAAACAAAGUCUCAUUUAAAGUCUGAAAUGGAGAUUAACGUGCAUUAACAUUAGUCUACUAAAUGAAUGGAAAAUUUGAAAAUCAAAACUGUCCUGAAAACAACUCGUAAUCUAAAUUCCUUACCCCACCAACUUUCGUAUGCAAAUGCUGAUCAUUUGGACAGGAAAAAACAGAAAACAGAUAAGUGACAUGCAUCAAUAAGUAUUUACCCUUACCAAAAUAAUGUAGAUUGAUGUUAUCAAACAAAUUAGUAUGUUUUUCUUCAUCCAGUUUUCAAUGAAAUAAAUCGAUUUUUGUAGUAAUUUGGUAAACAUUUGAAGAAAAUGGCGUAACUGCAUAAAGUGGAAAUAACUUUAAUGCAACUAAAUAUAAGUAUUAUGAUUUAUUAUAGACGAUGUGUGCGUAGUAUGUAUUUAUUUCAUUUAAAAUUUGAGAACAAUCUGGGACUGGAAGUAUAGGCAUUUAUAAACUUAUACGUCCGUAAAAAGUAGCGCACCAAAAAAGUUUGGAUUGAAUUUUUUUCAAUGGGGCGAGCGCAAGCCAAAAACAAACAAAAAUAUUUUUUUGGUGUUUCUGAAAAUAUACGAGCGGCAAAUCCGAUGAACAACUUUUUAAUUUGGUGAGGCCUAAAUAAUUCAUACUAUAAAAACGAAAACGAAAACGAAAACGAAAAUUACAUUAUUUUUGCAUUCUGUAAUGUGUAGCUUGAUGGUGGCGUCGAUAUCGACGAAGAUAUUCUUCCAGGAUAAAGUAUUUUGAUGACGAGGAUUUCAGAUUUCCGCUUGCAUGAGUUAAUGACUUCUACCAUACAAACGCUGGUGAUAACGUAUGGUUUCUUAAUGAACCUACAUAUCUGAAUGUCAAACGCCACUCCUUUGCUUACGUUUCACAUGGUAUAAUAUUGCUGUGUAGCUGGUUGCCCUUAGAUACGUGAAUUCUUCUAAAAACUAGUUCAAGGUUUUACUAAAUUUGUUCUGUGUAUGCUGACACGUAAAUGAAUCAAAAAGAAGUUUUAUAAGAAACCUACAAUUAAAAUGCAUAGUAACUUUCACAAUGACUUAAUCAAUAGGCUGUCUUAUUUCAACAUCGACCAUUUCUUAGAACUUCCACCUAAAAUAAUGAUAAUUUCGAUGUAUCAAAGCUGCAUUUAUAUUAUUUAUAUAUUUGAAAUUUUUUUCAUGACAUAUUGCACUCUCAAAUGGCAGUCACUAGUUGAUGGAUUGGUGUGUUUAUGAUAAACAGAAAAAUUUAGUAAAGAUAGGAAGAUGGGUUACUUUUGCUCUUGUCUCAGGGAUGCUACGCAUUGUUUGUACAAACGGGACGCUGAUUGUAAUUUAAAAUGCAACAUAACUUGAACCCCAUUCAAGGUAUUUACUAGAAACUUGAAUGGUGUAUAAGUU